AAAAGAAAAAUAGAAGAAGAGAUUUUCCAACAGAAUAAGUUUGAAAAGUUAAAUAAUAUAGCCGAUUCUGAAGAAGACGAUGAUGACAGUGUUGAUGAAAAUAAUUAUGAUGUAAUGCAAGAGCAAGAUAUUGAAGGCCAAGAAGAAGGAGUUGUUGGACAAGAUGGUGAGAUACGAAUCACACCUUUUAAUAUGCAAGAAGAACUCGAAGAAGGGCACUUUGAUAAAGAAGGAAUGUAUCAUUGGAAAAAAGAAAAAGAUGUACAGGACAAUUGGCUAGAGAAUAUUGAUUGGUGUAAAAUUAAAGAUAUGUCAAAAGAGAAAAAAGCUGAUGAAAACGUAGAGGAUAAUGUAGAAUUUAAUGUAAUUGCUGGGUAUAAAGAAAUCAUAAGCAUGAUGGAGCCCAAAGAAACCAUUUCAAAAUCAUUGAGGCGUUUAGGUGGAAACAAACGACUUACAACUGCUGAAAGGUGGAAAUUGAAAAAGGCAGGAUUGAGCACUGAUGAAGGUUCGUCUUCAAAAGUAACUAGACUUACAGAGCUUGCUAAUCAAAUUUUAACAACUAAUGGCAACAUGGAUGUUUAUCAAGAAACUUAUGAGCAGAUUUCUCAAAUUAUUUCGAAAUCGGAUAAGAAAGGACAACCUUCAACUUCUAUGUCAUCAGAUUUGGAUAUGUAUGCGGAAGAUUUUGAUUUAAAAGAAAAGGAAAAAUUAGAAAGUACAAGCCGGAAUGGUCAAGAAGAACCAGAAGAAUCAGAAGAACUAUUGACAGGAGAAUCAUUACAGUGGGAAUAUAAAUUUUCAUUAGAAAGUAAUGAAGUGUUUGGUCCAUACAAUACUGAGCAAAUGCAGAAAUGGAAAGUAGAAGAUAAAUUUAAGGAACCCAUUUGGGUACGUAAAUGUAAUUCAAAUAGUGAUUUUCAUUCAUUUAAACGUGUUGAUUUUGAACUUUAUUUAUAAGUMUUUUUAGUGUAUGUAUUUAUUUAAUUCACAAUGUAUUGAAUGUAGUAGUAUUAUAGAUAAGUAUAGAUAAAAUUGGUUUUAAAUCAGGAAUUAUAAUGUUUUUAGACAUGUAUAGGAAUAAAAAAAUAACUAAUGAUUCCAUUUCCCAUUUAUUCCUGGUAAUAUUAUGAAUCUCUGAUUUAAAAUCUUCCAAUUUUUAAUACCAAUUGUUUAUUUUCAAUGAUUAAAAUAUAAAAGCAAUUUAAUAUUAUAUUCAUAAGUUAUUUAAGUAUUUAUUACAUUUAUGUUGUUUAAAUAGUAUUCAUUUUGUUAUACUUAGUUGGGAAUUUUAAAGUUAGUGAAUUAAAUA